AUGAAAAUUAGUGGGGUCAUACUUUUGGUUUUUAUCUCCUUGGUUUCUGCUGGAACUCUAACAAAAUCUGAUGCAUGCGUUUGCAAACAAAUUUUGAGUUAAUUGGAUUGUGCAACGUAAGAUGAUUGUCAAUGGAACAGCGUAUCUGCUGCUUGUGAAGCACGUAAGUCAACUGAUAUUGAAUCCUACUGUUCUCAGAGCACUACUUGUCCUAUUGCAGGUUGUGCAUUCUAUAAUAAAAAGUGUAAACCAUUUAGUGGUUGUACAGUUUAUAUAGCUACAACACAUGCCGAUUGUCAGGCUAUCUCGCCCUUAUGUACAAGUAAUGGAGAAAAAUGCAUCAAUGUAAGCACAACUUGUGAUGAUUAUCUUGUUUAAAUAGCUUGUCAAAUUAAUACUUAACAGUAUCCUUGUUUUUGGGAUAGUUAGAAUAGUAAAUGCUAAGAGAUAGCAGCAUGUGAUUAGUUCCCAACCACUUACGACUCCCAUCAAAAAUGUUAAUCCAUGGGAUUACUUAAAUCAAUUAAGUGCACAGCAAAAGAAACAGGUGGUUGUAUCAACAUAGAAGAUGAUUGUACUAAACACACAGAAAAGGGUUGUGUUGUAAAUUCUUUAGGUAAUCAAUGUUUUUGGGAUAAUGCUGCAUGCAAAGAGAAAACAUGUGUCAAUGCUCCAACAACUUAUACUACUUAAGCAUAAUGUCAACAAUAUAUGAAUACAUGCUCAGUCAAUGAGAAUAUGGCAGGUUGUAUAGAGAGUCCUUCAUCAUGUGAGAAUUACACCAAAGAAGGUUAAUGUAUUUCUGUGAAUGGAUAAAUCUGUUUUUGGUUUUCAAUAACUUGUACUGAAGGAUAGUAAAAUUGUACUGCAAGUUCAGGAUGUAAGGGUUGGUCAUGUGAAAAUGCAUUGAGCACGUCUAAUACAGAUUUAUUAUGCUCGUAAUUUAAGAGUGAAUGUACAGUGAAUGAAACAAAAACUGGGUGUGUUAAAAGAGCAACCGCUUGUAAUUUGUAUAAAACAUAACAUUAAUGUAUAAAAACAUUGGAUGAAUCUUAGAGAUGCUAUUGGAAUGGUACAGGUUGUGUUAAUAUGAGUUGUGCCAAUGCUGUUUUAACGACUUAUAAUGAAUCUAAUUGUAAUAGAUUUAUGCCCACAUGCACAUUAAUCAAUGAUAAAUGUGGAGUCAGAACUUGUAACACAUACCAAACAGAGAAGCUAUGCAGUAUAGAUUAUUAAAAUCAAUAAUGUGUUUGGAGUGGAUCUUGUGUUGUAAGGACAUGUCAAAAUGCAGGUGAUGAAUACAAUACUCAUAGUGAAUGUCAGUCUUGGUUGAAUAUUUGCACAGUGUAGAAAGGUUUAAUUGGUUGUUAGACCUAGGAAUUAACAUGUACUAAUUAUUUGAAACAAGAAUAAUGUUAUAUGGCUAAUAAUAAUACCAUUUAAUGUUUGUGGAUUGAUGAUAAAUGUGUAUAAAAGACAUGUAUUACUGCUAGUACAUUAAUAUCAACUGAUGAGGAAUGCAAUACUUAUUUAGGAGGAUGUAUGAUAAACAAUAAUCAAGCUGGUUGUGUUGCCAGAAAAACCAAGUGUAGUGAUUUGCUAUAAUUUUAAUGCACUUUCACAACUUCAGGUUAGUUAUGUUAUUGGGAUGGAACCUAAUGUUUAGAUAGGAUAUGUACAUAAGCCAAAUAUAAUACUUAUAGGGCUUGCACAACAUUCUUAUCAUCAUGUACAGUUAGUUACACAGGUACAAACUUUGAUGGAUGUACUAGUAAAUAAUAAUAGUGUUCUGAUUAUCAAUAUGAAUAGAAUUGUAUAGAUAGUUUAGCAGAAGGCAGAUGCAUUUGGAAUAAAAAGGCAUCUCCUAAUGCAUGUUAAGUGAGAAGUUGUGCUAAUUCAGAUUAAACAUCAACUGAUGUAGCUUGUAAUAGUCAUCUUAAUACUUGCACAGUAAAUGUUGCUAAGACUGGUUGCAUAGAGAGAUACGAUAAAUGUUCCUCAUUUACAAGUUAAAUUAAUUGUAUCAAAAAUUUAACAGGAGCAGAAUGUUUAUGGUACAAUAAUGCAUGUACAGAUAAAACUUGUGAUAAAGCAGAUAAAACAUUCACAACUCAUGAGGAUUGUUAAUCAUACAGCAAUAAAUGCACAACUAAUGGAAAAGGUUGCAUAAACACUGAUAUAUGUACUUCUUAUACUUUAAAAUCUGGAUGUGUAAUAGAUAAGAAUAAUAACAAUUGUGCAUUUCAACCUAGUUGCAAUGUAUUAUAGUGUUCAGAUGCUCCCUAAUCAUAUUCAACAGACUAAGAUUGCAGAAAUUUCAAAAAGGAAUGCACUACAAAUGGAAGUGGCUGUGUUCUUAGAACAACUUGUACAGAUGCAUACAUCGAAGAGGCUUGUAUUACAGAUUCAACAAAUAAUUAGUGUGCAUGGAUCAAUAAUAAAUGUGUAAAUUAUGGAUGCAGCAGUGCUCCAAGUAAAUAUGUUACAGAGAAGGAAUGCAAACUGUAUAAGUUAGGUUGUACAGUAAACCAAUCAGGUGGAUGCAUUGAAAAGGGAACUUGCAAAGAUGCUAAAAUAUAGGCAGCAUGUACAACUGAUAAGGAUGGCAAUGAAUGUGAAUUUUCUACUGCUGGAUGUAGAGAUAAGGUUUGCAGUGAUUACACUUUUACAACUCAUAAAGAAUGUUAAGCAGCCAAAAGUACAUGUACUACAGAAUGGAACCAAAUGUGUCAAUUAAUAAAAUUGCAGUCUAAAAAUCAAAGAAUGGAUGUUUCUAUGGAAGUGAUGGACCAUGUUUAUGGAUUAACAAUGCAUGUUAGACUUAUACAUCAUGUUAAUCACUUGCAUUUAGUGAUCACACUUCCUGUUAUUCUUUCAGUAAUGAAUGCACAACUGAUGGAGUAUCAUGCAUUGCUAUUGACAAAUGUGCCAAUCUAACUGAGUAAAGUUGUCAUCAAGGCACAGAUGGAAGGUGUGUCUAUUCUCCUGAUGCUUUGA